UUUUGAAAGAUUUCUGUUGUAGAGUUGAACUUCCUCUUACUUUAUUAUUUUGCAAAGGAAAAUACUGGGAGGCAACCAAACACCAGGUGAAAGGGAAUAAUUUGGGUGAGAGGUUUCUCUAUGGUCUUUUUAUUCCCCAUAAAUCCUGAAGGUGUAAAGAUUAUCUUCAUGCCCUGAGCUAAUAGUCUACUCAAAAUUUAACAGCAUAAUAAAACUUCUGUUUCUUAAUGAAGAAACUGGAACCAUUGCAAGAAGUUUCUGAAAAGGACCUACACUCUUCAGAUGACAAGAAAGUGAAGCGUAGAAUUAGGACCACGUUCACAGCAGAGCAGCUCCAGGAAUUGGAGAGAAUCUUCCAAGCUACACACUAUCCAGAUAUCAACAUCCGCAACCAGCUGGCGGCCAAAAUCAAUCUUCCAGAAGCCAGGGUUCAGAUUUGGUUCCAGAAUCAACGAGCAAAAUGGAGGAAACAUGAACGAUUUGGCAGUUUUGGAGGCCUGCAGCAUCAGACUGAAGUUGAUUUUAUUCCAGCCCCAAAGCCAAAUGUAAGAGACUCUUCCAUGAUGCCCAGCAACAGCCUUUCUGGUAUUGCCCCUCCUGCAGGAUACUAUUACUCACUGAUCCAAGAGCAUUCCAUGUGUGUCUAGCUACCAAACCUGCUGCCUUGGACUCUUUGGCAUUUUCAAAGCCAUCUCUAAUUAUUGACUCCCUUUCUCCUUAUACCCUUCACCUUCUGCCCUGAAACCAGCAAGGGAGCAUGCUAUCAUCAAUUUCAUGUAAUAGAGGAUGAAUUGUAAAGAUCUCUGAAGCAAUGUCUAGUUCUUCUAAAUGGAUGGUGGAACCUUCACGGAACCAGUAUUACAUAGUAAAUAGCUGAGAGAUUCAGAAUCUCUCCCAUGCCUAUGAAGCUUACUAGUUUACUAAAAUCUGGUUACUCUCUCUCUCUGCGUAUCUUCACUGGGAUGGUUGUAAAGAAGUACCAACUGGUGCUCCUUAGAUGAUGGAUGAAAUACAAGUAGAACAUUAAAAUAAUCUUACAGGAAAUUUUCCUUUAAAUAUAGGGCUAAAAAGUUUCUGGUUGAGUUUGGACAAUGAAUGGAACUUGGUGUAAAUUACAAGGCCACUGAACAGUUCAGUGUUAAUUAUACUCUGCCUGAAACAAUAUUUAUUAUUGGACAGCAAACAGACAUUGCAUUGCAUCCUCUGUGGGAGAGCUGAGACUUUAAAUGGCCAACAAUUGCAAAGUAGGAGUGAUCAGAUUUUAUUGGCCAGAAUGUAUAUUCUACUCUUCUCCGCAGGGAAAAUGUUGCAUUUUCAUUACUCAGGCUGGUCACUCCAAACUUUAUUAGGCUAUUCAUUCUGCAUCUUUUGACAUUAGCUGUAUUUUUGAUGAGGUAUACAAAAAUUAAGAAUAGGGUUGGAAACGCCAAAUAUAGCUUUUAAAAUAUUUUUUUUUACCUUUGAAGAAUGGGAUUGAGGUGUUUGCUUUAUUAUAUUCCAAGCUUGAAAUAAUGGCUUAUAGAUUAAUACAUUAGAUGGCAUGUGUGGGAGACAGACGGAAUGAGAAACAGAGAAUUAUAUUGGAUGAAAUAUUGGCCUGCUCUCUUAGGGGAUUUCUUUAAAUGAUUAAAACAUUUGUGAGGGAAAAACACUGUUGUUGUUUUUUAAUGAUGAAGAAAAGAACCCAGGAGCCACAAGGAGGGGGGCGGGGAGCUAUAAUGAAGAUAAAGCACUAGAAAAACUAUUUGAAUUUAUCCAGAAUUCAGCGUGUGUAAGUCAGACAUGUUUUUAUAGAAUUUAGGAAGCUGCCUUAUAUUAAAUCAGACCAAUGGUCUUUUACAUUCAGCACCGUACAAAGCAGGGAAGAGGAACAUAUGGGCUUUUAAAUGAAUUGAAAGAAUCCAGUUUUUAUCUCUGACAGCAUGGCUGAUUUGCACAUCAUAUGCACAUGAUUGAUUGAUUAAUUGAUUGAUUUAAUUUGUGUGCCACCCAUCCCCUGCCUCCUCCAGGUAAAGCCACAACUGGCACACCAGCUGAAAUUACAUAAAUGCCCCAUUAACCAUGGCCUGCAUAUCCAGUGAUUGUCUAGGAAAAUACCAAGUCACAGAUCUGCUUCUUCAGGCGGAGUGCUACACCAUCCAGAGCUAUCACUGGAAAACUUAUGUGCUAGAUGGUUUCUGGACACACAGUAGCUCAGCCUUGCUAGGAUCCAACCUGUUUCUCACCAUUCAGAUCCUUAUAGCCUCAGCUUCCAAAAAUUCCCCCUCAUCACCAUCCCAUCCCAUCCCAUCCCAUCCCAUCAUGUAACAUAUAUCUGGAUAUCAUCAUACAGCAUACUGAUGAUAUCUCUCCUGCCCCCAAGUGGCUUACAGGUAGAUUCCUCCACUCCCCACAACAACCAUCUGGAACCAUUUGCUUAGAUAGGAGCAGAACUAGUGUAAAACGGUGCCUCCAACCCCUCCCUUCACAGGUAGCCCAGAAGGAUAGAACAAUUGUUAUAUCAAAUGCUGCUGAGAAAAUUACAAGGCAAGAAGGUACACGCUCCUUAUAUCCAAGUCUUGACACAUCGGACAACAGUGAAACCAGUGUGCUUUUUAUCCCAUUCCCAGACCUAAAGCCUGAAUGAAAAGGAACCUGAUACUGUAAUCCACUUCUUCUAUAGCACUUGCAGCUGAAGACCCACCACUCCUUCUAUAACCUUCUCUUUUGGGAAUUAUUGGGCCAGACCCAGGGAAGAUCUCUUCAAGAAGAAAUGUACUGCUGCAUCUUUCAAGGCAGACAGUGCCACCUCCUCAUCCAAAGAGGCGUUGACCACCUCCCUGAUGCAGCCGGACAUCCCUCCACCUCCACCUCUCAAAGGAACCAGGAAGGGCAAGGCUCCAGCUGAGAAGUGACACAGUCACGCUGCCCUAGCCACUUCCUCAAUCCACAGCCCUUCAUAUCAGGAAUACCACCCCAGGAUGCUACCAGAUUUUCUGUGAGGAUCUUCACCCCCUGUCCUCACAUUGAGGUUGGUGCAAAAAUAUCUGUGGUUGACUUAGCUUAUCUUUUUUAAACUUUAAAACCCAAGACACCAGAAGAAUUGGCUACACUGUUCAACGAGAAUCCCUCCUGAGAUAUCUCACCCUUGGCAAUUCUUUUUGGGGUUUUGGUUUGGUUUGUUAGUGUAAUAUGCUUCAAUCUCCUAGUCAAGAAGUUUGUCGGUCCCUGCUUUUCUGAGAGCUGGA